GCCGCGGGCCCGGGUCGACGCCCCCUCAGGUAAGGGCCUCUGCUUCUCACCCGUCGCCCCUUUCUUCCGAGCCCUUUCUUUCUUCUUUCCUUUUCCGUUGCGCUGAGAGCGCUGCGCGGUUCUACUGCCUCUUCUGCAGCUCGGACCCCGCGGUUGCCAUCUGACCCCAGUGGGGAAAAGGGGUUUUGGUGCCAUCGUCUUGGCGACGGAGGGGGUGUUCUCCCCGGUCCACGUGGUACCCCUAGGCCCUGGUGUCCGUGGUUCGUAGAGAGGAGCAAUGCUGCUUGACCCCGACGAGCGGGGGCUGGGGCGGCAGCCUGGCUUAAGCAAGGGUAGGGAGAGGCGACCCGCGGGAGUGAGCAGGCCCGGAGGGCUGGGGUUGGGCACAAGCACGGCGUGUGCGCCCUGGGCGGUGGCAGUGGAGACAGAUGUCUUGGGCCCUGCCCCUGAACCAGGAGCCACCAUGUUGGUGAUACCCCCCGGACUGAGCGAGGAGGAGGAGGCUCUGCAGAAGAAAUUCAACAAACUGAAGAAGAAGAAAAAGGCACUGCUGGCUCUGAAGAAGCAAAGUAGCAGCAGCACAGCCAGCCAAGGCGGUGUCAAACGCUCACUGUCGGAGCAGCCUGUGGUGGACACAGCCACCGCAACAGAGCAGGCCAAGCAGCUGGUGAAGUCGGGAGCCAUCAGUGCCAUCAAGGCCGAGACAAAGAACUCAGGCUUCAAACGUUCACGAACCCUAGAGGGGAAGUUAAAAGACCCUGAGAAGGGGCCAGUCCCCACUUUCCAACCUUUCCAAAGGAGCAUAUCUGCCGAAGACGAUCUGCAGGAGUCAUCCAGACGUCCCCAAAGGAAAUCUCUGUAUGAGAGCUUUGUGUCUUCCAGUGACCGGCUUCGGGAACUAGGGCCAGAUGGAGAAGAGGCAGAAGGCCCUGGGGCUGGUGAUGGCCCCCCUCGAAGCUUUGACUGGGGCUAUGAGGAACAUGGUGGCGGCCGCUCCUCAGUCUCCCCUCCCCGAAGCCGGGACCGCAGUCGUGAACGGAACCGGGACAGAGACCGGGAUCGGGACCGGGAACGGGACCGAGACCGGGAUCGGGACCGGGAACGGGACCGAGACCGAGAUCGGGACCGGGAUCGGGACCGGGACCGGGAAUGGGACCGAGAUCGAGACCAGGACCGAGAUCGAGACCGGGAGCGAGACAGAGACCGGGAGCGGGACAGAGACCGGUACCGGGAGCGAGAAGGCCCUUUCCGCAGAUCAGACUCGUUCCCUGAACGCCGGGCCCCUCGGAAGGGGAAUACUCUCUAUGUGUAUGGGGAAGACAUGACGCCCACCCUCCUUCGUGGGGCCUUCUCUCCCUUUGGAAACAUAAUUGACCUCUCCAUGGACCCACCCAGAAACUGUGCCUUCGUCACCUAUGAAAAGAUGGAGUCAGCAGAUCAGGCCGUUGCUGAGCUCAACGGGACCCAGGUAGAGUCCGUGCAGCUCAAAGUUAGCAUUGCUCGCAAACAGCCCAUGCUGGACGCCGCCACGGGCAAGUCUGUCUGGGGCUCUCUUGCUGUCCAGAACAGUCCUAAGGGUUGUCACCGGGACAAAAGGACCGAGAUUGUCUACAGUGAUGAUUACAAUGAAAACCUUGUGGAUGGCUUCUAGGUUGCAGAGCUGGAUUUCUUGUGCCUCGUCUGCCCCAACACUGGUCUCAGUAAAACACUGAGGUGGAAGCUCACACAUCUCCCUCAGCCUCUGGUUUUUCAGCACUUGGGAUUGAGUUGAGCCUUUAAAAACGGCUGUUGGGCUCCAUCUCAUUUGUGACAAGGUGGCAGUGUGCACCCCCCCCCCACUCCCUUACACAAAAGGAGC